UCGCAUUCGACGUAUCAGAUCCAUCGAUUGCCCGGUUGCCCCAAUGGUUCUUAGGACCCCCUCAUCCGGGACCUGUUGAGCAGGGGUUCAGAAGGUAGCAAUGGUCGUUGACCGGGCAGCUGCGCCCAACCACGCUUCUUUCGUGGUGGUCGAUGGUUGCCUUCUGACUUUUCUUUGCUCCGUGAUCGUAUCAGUCAAUCAAUAGGCUGCCUGCAGACCUGGCUACGACAGCUAGGAGCCUUUCUCCAAGGGAUUGACUUCUGGGCCGACUGAUAUCUUCUUUCCGGCCAAAGUUCCUCCGCAUCACCCCUCCAACCCCUCGGCCUUCCUAGUCCAUUUUGCCUUCACGGCAUCCUUACAGGUACCCUUGAUGAUACUUCCUAUUGAAGCCUUCACAAUGCAUACAGCAAAGGUGUCACGGCCGGGUCCCCCUCGACGGGCUGCGACGAUAGACUUUAUCGAGAACCGCCUGCCCGAAGUGCAUCCGGCGUUCAAUCAUACGCACCUUCAAUAUGAUGCAAACGCCCAGAGAUUUGUGCCGACCUGGACCUCGAGUUCGGCUGAGGAACAGAUUCCGUCGCGUCCGGAGUCAGCCCCAGUCAACGCCAUGAAAUUCUGGUCUCAAAUCCUCCCGGAGUCUAUGAAAGGAUUGAAACGGCAGUACCCGGAGCCCCGAGGACGCACCAAGACUCAGUAUAGCAUCCGGGAUCAACGGAGCUGGCAGGGCGUCUGCAGUCAGUUGGAGAAAGCUCGGGGUCAAUAUGAUAUUCCCAAACGUCGGAAUGCGAAAGCACUCUUCCGCAAAUCGUAUCGCGACAUUGCGGGGAAGACCGACCAGCUGAAGACUAUCAACAAGAUUGCUGGACAGGUGGACUAUAUCUCCCCUUUCUUGGUUAUUGUAGAUAUCCUACUUGAUGCUGCAGCCAUGGCUUCCCAGGUGCGCGAGCAGGUAACAAAGGCCCUGGAUCCCAAAACGCUGGAGGACGACUUUGAAAGGAUCGAAUUCUUUCUUGCUACCUUUCCCCGAGAUCCCAAAAUACGAAGUACAUCUGUUGAUUUGGUGGUGGCAAUCCUGAAAGCCAUUGAAGAUGCAAUCGAGUUUUUCCUAAGCCAUCAAGUCAAGCGAAUCUGGGACUCCGUGACGCAAGGAAAAGGUUACCAGGGCGCCCUGACUGCCAGUAUAAAAGAAAUAGAUCGUCACAGCUCCCGCCUAGCGAGUCUGGCUAGCGAGGCAAAUAUCCAUAGCAACCGGACCGCAUUUGGCAUGCUUUUUGAGCAGACAGGAAAUUUAACGGCGAUGUGUCACGCCAACAUGCGAAAGGUAGACCACGCAAUUCUGCUCGCAGAUGUCCGGAACGCCCGCAUGAUGAACAUGAUCAAGGACCUCUUGCAGGAGGCAGAGGAUCGAGUUCUCCGAUACCAACACGAAUCGGAAGAACAGGAGAAGAGGUUCCGCGAGGAACAGAAAGCGAUGUUGAAGAGUCUGUGCGGUAUGCUAUCGAUAUCGCUCGAAAUCUCAGACUCUUAUCGUCCGACCCCCGCCGCACAACCUCAAUAUCAGACUAUAGCCAUGCCAACUGGGUUCAUGGCCUCUUUCAUGAUGCCAACUCCCCCGCCAGCAUGGUUUCUCUUUCCUCCUUGGGUUGUAGCACCGCCGCCCAUGCCCGUCACCCGGGACCAGCUCAUAGCCACACUAGGUGUUCACCACAACGACGCUGUCGAUAUCACCCAUAUCCUGUACCACCGCCUGCAGAUGCCUUCCUCAUCCCGUGGCCGGGCGGAAGCCGCUGUGUCCAGCCCUGAAUUCCGGCGUUGGCUGGUCUCUCCAUCUUCUAGCGAGCUUCUCAUCCAAGGCGACCCGGAUGCGGAUGGCUAUGAACUCUCUGGGAUGUCCCUGAUCACCGCCCUGGUCUGCUCCACUCUUCAGGGCCGGGAAGGCCACGUGCGGGUCGUAUGGUUCUGUUCCUUGCACGACGAGGACGACGACAACAGCUCAUCCUGUAGCUCCAUAGACAGUUGCAAUCAUCCAAAUGCACUAAGUCACCGCUCCGGAGGAGUCGCCAUGCUGGUUUCAUUCAUCACGCAAAUGUUACACCAACAUGCGUUUAACUUCUCAUUGUGGCCCGGGAAUGCGACUGCCAAAGAUUUGCAUCUCCAAAACCUAGCUAGAGGCCACAUGGCAACCCUCGCUAACUUAUUCGAGUGGCUUGUCCGCCAGCUUCCCUCAACCACCAUCUUCUCUAUAAUCAUUGACGAGAUUGGAUGCUACGAGACGGACAGUUACUUGACAGAUAUGCUCACGGUACUGAAGCUGGUGUUGAGACUGAGUCGCUCGCAGGAUGUGAAAUGCAUCAUGAAGGUGUUAGCAACCAGCUCGGGACAGACGGAUGAAGUCGGUGAUUUCUUUCGGGAUGAUGAGGGUUGUUAUUUGGCCUUUGAUGCCUUGGACGAGAUGGAAGAGAAUGGCGAAGUGGAUGACCUCGAUUGGGGACUGUUGGGAGAUGACGCCGACUGAGCUGAUCAGUCACCGUGUUCUGGGGUUAGUAAUCAUGAUGUCUGUCCGUUUGCGGGAAAGGAGCAGAUUAAUCAACUCAUAUAACGUAACUUUGUCACACUUGUCUUUCUUCGGGGCGGGGAGUGUUGCGCGGGACCUGGCACCGACCUCACGGCCCCGGAAGGCGACUCGGAG